AUGCGUCUGUCUACUCUCUUAACAGCCUUAGCCCUAGGCGUCGAAGGACUGGCAGCAGCCGUCUCCUCCUUGGCCACAUACAUAAACUGGCGGACGUUUCGAGGCCACGGCGUCAACCUCGGUGGCUGGCUGGAGCAAGAAUCCUCCAUCGACACAACAUGGUUCGCCAGAUACGCCGACAACGCGACCGACGAAUGGGGCCUCUGCGAAAACCUCGGCCCCGAAUGGCCUGCCGUCAUGGAGGACCGAUACUCGACCUUUAUCCGUGAGGCAGACAUCGACGAACUGGCGGCAGCAAAGGUGUCUAUUCCGCGAAUCCCGACGACCUACGCCGCCUGGAUCGACCUCCCGGGCUCGCGGCUAUACUCCGGGCAUCAACAAGCGCACCUGCGCCGCAUUGCGAACUACGCGAUCGAGAAAUAUAAUAUGCACAUCAUCGUCGAUAUUCAUUCGCUGCCCGGCGGCAUAAACGGUCUCGGGAUAGGCCAAGCGGUCGGGCAUUGGGGCUGGUGGUAUAACCAGCCGGCGCUGGAAUGGUCGCUGCAGGUCGUAGACGCGGUGAUCGAGUUUGUGUAG